AUGAUGGGGCAAGAAAAACACGUGAGAGACCGCCGCUGUCUCCCCAGCACUCGUUCACGAGUGAUUUUCGCUGUCUUUGUUUUCAUCGCCAUCCUCGCCGUUGUCAUUCCACCAGCCGUCGUGGUCACUCUUCACAAAAAGAACAGCAUGGGUCCUAAAGCUUCGGUAUUUGUGCCGCUCUAUGUGUAUCCUGCUCCCGGAGCCUGGGAUCCGCUAGAAAAAGUGGUCUCUACGCAUCCCGAUGUCAACUUCACGGUGGUGGUCAACCCCGGUAGUGGCCCUGGGCCCAAUGCGUUGCCUGACGCCAACUAUACCCGAGAGGUCCCUAAGCUCGCCUCCUAUGACAAUGUUCGUCUACUAGGUUAUGUCGCUACCACGUAUGCCAAUCGCAACAUCUCGUUGGUGCGCCGCGACAUCGAGACCUAUGCGGCCUGGCCGACCAACAGUUCCAACCCCAAGCUUGCGGUUCGGGGCAUAUUCUUUGAUGAAACGCCUCAGCAAUACGAUGCGAGCACCUUGGCAUAUCUCCAGGAGCUGACUGCGGUGGUGAAGAAUCAUUCAGGCCUUGGGCCGGAUAAUUAUGUCGUUCACAAUCCCGGCGUGAUCCCUGACUCCCGGUACCUGAGCACAGCUGAUUCGACCGUCGUCUUCGAAGCGACCUACCAGACCUUCCUCGACCGCCAGGGAGCUAAGCUCUUCGAGCAGAUCCCCAACAGCACGCGCCAGCAGCUCACGGCGGUCGUGCAUUCAGUGCCUUCCAGCGUCGAGGGCUCGUCCUUCCGCAACCUGGUGAAGCAGGUGCGCAAGGUCGCGGAUGAGAUGUUCAUCACCCAUCUCGACACCAACUACUAUGCUAGCUUCGGAAGCCAAUGGGAGCAAUUCGUCGAUCUGAUGGCGAAGUCCUGA